UGUUGAUCCUCUGAGCUCAUUCAUCAUGGUCGGUGGAGGAGCUGCUGAUCUGUCCUCAACAGUCGCUGUCAAGAUCUUUUCAGCCGGAACAGCUGGCUGCGUGGCUGAACUGGUCACUUUCCCCCUGGACAUUGCCAAAGUGAGACUGCAGAUUCAAGGUGAAUCCAAGCCCUCACCGGAAGGCCAAAUGAUCAAAUACAGAGGUGUGUUCGGCACCAUCUUCACCAUAGCGAAGACCGAGGGCCCCAGGAGUCUUUACAAUGGACUGGUGGCAGGGCUGCAUCGGCAGGCGUGCUUCGCCUCCGUCCGCAUCGGCCUGUAUGACACCAUGAAGCAAGUCUACGCCAACGGGUCAGAGAAUGCAGGAAUUGGGACUCGGCUGCUGGCAGGCUGCUCCACGGGGGCGAUGGCGGUGGCCUUCGCGCAGCCCACUGAUGUGGUGAAAAUCAGGCUCCAGGCUCAGGUCCGCCUGUCUGCGAGCGGCACUGCGAAGAGAUACAGCAGCACGUUUGAUGCCUACAAGACCAUCGGCAGGGAUGAGGGCGUCAGAGGGCUCUGGAAAGGUUGUCUGACAAACAUAACUCGCAAUGCCAUCGUAAACUGCUGUGAGCUGGUGACAUACGACAUAAUUAAGGAGCUCAUCCUUAAUUACAACCUGAUGACAGACAACAUGCCGUGCCACUUCACAGCAGGCUUCGCAGCAGGUUUAUGCACCACCAUUGUGGUGUCUCCGGUGGAUGUGGUGAAAACACGCAUCAUGAAUUCACCGCCUGGGAGGUACAGCGGUGCUAUUAACUGUGCCUUAAUCAUGCUGAUGAAAGAGGGACCCACAGCUUUCUAUAAGGGAUUCAUUCCCGCGUUUCUCCGUUUGGGUUCCUGGAACAUCGUGAUGUUUAUGAGCUACGAGCAGAUUAAGAGAGCUUUCAUAAGAUACCAAUAGUCCCGGGAUUCAGCGGUCUGACGGCCGGUUUGUUGUUACUGAUGGGCCAUAACCACGACUGUCUGUAUCAAGCAGCAUGCGCUUAAGAUAGACAAUGUGGUUGUGACUGCUGCUGAUCCAGACCUGCCUCUCUCUCUCUCAAGGAAUAAACUGCACUUAUUAAAGAAACUGCACUCAAAAGAAAAACUGAAGGGAUGAAAAACGUUGAAUUGUUACUGACAAUGUGCAUAUUAAUAGAAUAGAUCAAGCAAUGUUGCUGCUAAUGUUAUUAACUGACCUUUUUGGCAUGUCACAGUAAGAAAAGCACAGGUGUAAAUAAUGAAAUGAAUGACAGCUGAAUUCCGUUUCAGGGUCUUGUGCAUGCUGGCGCACUGUCACACUAUCGUGGUUUACUUGAAUUGAACAGGGUCAUUAUUAAUGUUAUUACUAACUCCUGUACUUUUCUUACUUCAAUGACAAGUCAAAGUAUAUAUACUGAGAAAAUAAACUAUUUACAGGGUGAAGUCUGGUGUGGAUGGGGAUGCAGGGUUUCCUCCUGUCAGAGUUACACGUCUGUGUUAAAGCACAGUAACGUAUUGUUUAUUGAUUGUUUUGUAUUGCAUAUCUAGUGUCAUGUGAAACGUUUUUAUGCAGUCUUUUAUAUGAAUGUUUAGGAAUUAGGGUUGCAAUUAACUGUUUUAUUACACUAUGGAUAAAUCUGCCAAUAGUUUUUUACAAUGAAUCAGUUCAUUUUUUGGUCUUGUUUUGUCUGGCUAACACUCCAAAACCCAAAGAUAUUCAGAUUUGCUGUCACAUAAGAGCAACAAAUCCUCACAGUUGAUUUUCUGUCAAUCGACCAGUUGAUUCAAUCAAUUUAGGAAUGAGCCACAGUUCCGUAGUCCAUACUGCCAGAGUAAACUAAGUUUGCAAUGGAAUUGACCACUUAAAUAAAAAAACAUACCUCAAAUGUAUUUAAUACUCUACAUAUUAUAUAGAUGUUGGAAAGUCUAUAUUAUAUGUAAUAAUGUGUACAUCUGUGAAUCUUGUAAAAGUAAAACAGGACAAUGGGAGCACACCCACUACACACAAUCCACAAGUUAAACUGAAUGAGUGGACUAAACAGAAAUAUCUGAUUAAAGGGCAUUUUCAAACUGUCAACCAACAUUGACCAACACUUCGUACACAACAAAGCUCACCAAGUGUCACUCCGUUCCUGCACUAUCUACUACAGGCUGCUGUCAUAGAUACUCUACUCUGAAUAAUCCCCUUUAAAUGCAACCAUUCAAUGCGUAGAUAAAAUACCCCCCAACUGUGUGACACGUGUCAAUGCUGACAGCCAAUGGAACACUUUUCAGACAUGACUCAAGCUUUUUAUAACAUUAAGAAUAUGCUUUUAAUGUUUGUUGCCAUAUUUAUAGAGUAUGGCCCAAUGUUGCUUGUUGCGUACAGAAACGUUACGGUACAUCGGAUACUGUAUGCUUUUCAGCGAGGGUGUCUUUAUAAUUGUAAUCAUUUGCUUCGAGCUUCCGGCAUUUCUGUGCAGAAAUAACUGGGUGUUCCAUCAAACAAUGCAGAGACACGAAGGUUCCUUUGCCUCUGAACUGCCUAAAUGAUGGUCUUUCUUAA